AUUUGCCUCAAAAAGUUCAUGACGGCAAAAACCAUUGACGCCAUUUGUGAGAAGUAAACACACAAUGGCGAAUUUAAGUGUGGAUAAAGAUGCGUUUUAUCGGCGAAUGCGAAAGCUAUAUGCUACUUGGAAGAAUGCUGAUGCCAGUGACAAUGGAUUUAGUAAAAUGGAUGCACUUGUUGCAGCUGUAGGCCUAGAUGAAGAUGUUGUAUAUAGCAAAUCUACAGCCAUUCAGACAUGGUUGUUUGCAUAUGAACUGACAGAUACUAUAAUGGUUCUAUGUGAGGAAAACAUCUACUUUUUGGCAAGUAAGAAAAAAGUGGAAUUUUUGAAACAAUUUGAAUCCGGGAAGGAAAAUGAAAAUGAAGUUCCUCCUUUGUGUUUACUUGUUAGGGAUAAAGCGGAUAAAGAUAAAGCAAACUUUGACAAGCUGAUCACUGCCAUUAAAAACAGUAAAAAGGGAACUACAAUUGGAGAAUUUACAAAAGAUAAAUUCCCUGGUGAAUUUCUGGACUCAUGGCGUGCUGCUCUUUCCAAGGAGGACUUCAGCGCAGUUGAUAUAAGUUCUACCAUAGCUUACCUCAUGGCUCCAAAAGAAGAUUCUGAAAUAGCUAUUAUCAAAAAGGCAUCUCAAGUAACAGUUGAUAUUUACACUAAGUACUUGAAAAAUCAAGUAAUGGAAAUCAUUGAUGCUGACAAGAAAGUGAAACAUUCCAAAUUAUCUGAAGGCGUAGAACAAGCUCUCACAGACAAAAAAUAUGUUUCUGGUGUUGAUCUCAGUCAAGUUGAUAUGUGCUAUCCCUGCAUUGUUCAAUCUGGUGGAAAUUACAAUUUAAAAUUUAGUGUUGUGAGUGACAAGAAUAAUUUAAGUUUUGACACUAUUACUUGUUCACUUGGAGUUCGUUACAAAUCCUAUUGUUCCAACAUAGUAAGGACAUUAUUGGUCAAUCCUUCAAAGGAACAAGAAGAGCUUUAUAACUUUCUAUUAACACUUCAUGAAGAAGUAUUGAGCAAAUUACAGCAUGGAGUAAAGCUUUGUGAUGUUUACAGUGCAGCAGUUGCUUUAGUAGAAAAAUCACAUAAAGAGCUAUUGGACAAAAUGGUAAAAAAUUUAGGAUUUGCUAUGGGAAUAGAAUUUCGAGAAAGCACGCUUGCCAUUACUGCUAAAACAGCUGCCAUGGCUAAGAAAGGUAUGGUGUUCAGUAUCAACAUUGGUUUCUCUGGCUUGGAAAAGAAAGUAGAUGGCAAGUCUGAAGUUUAUGCCUUGUUCAUAGGUGAUACUGUUGCAGUAAAUGAGAAUCAACCAUGCACAAUCUUAACCAACAGUAAGAAAAAAUUGAAAAGCAUAGCUAUUGUUUUAAAAGAUGAUGAUGAAGAGGAGGAAGAAGAGGAGGAAGUUGAACCAGUUGUUCAAGAAGAUCCUUUAGUUCGGGGAAGACGAACUGCUAUAUUAGAUUCAAAAUUAAGGACUGAGCAGUCGGCUGAAGAAAAAAGGAAGCAUCAUCAAAAAGAAUUGGCUGAACAGUUGAACAAAGAAGCAAAGGCUCGAUUAGCCGAGAACACUGGAGUCCAGAAAGAAGAGAAGGUACGGAAAUCUAAUGUUUCAUAUAAAUCUGUUGGACAAAUUCCAAAGGAUAGUGAAUUGAAGGAACUUAAAUUAUUUGUAGAUAAAAAAUAUGAAACUCUUAUACUUCCUCUUCUUGGUGUAACAGUUCCAUUCCACAUUUCGACCAUAAAAAAUAUUAGUCAGUCUGUUGAAGGAGAUUAUACUUAUCUUCGAAUAAAUUUCUUUCAUCCUGGAUCUGCUCUUGGACGUAAUGAAGGAAAUGUAUUUCCUAAUCCAGAAGCCACAUUUUUAAAAGAAAUCACAUAUCGGAGUACCAAUGUAAAAGAACCUGGUGAACUGUCCGCACCCUCAUCUAACUUAUCACAAGCUUAUAGGUUGAUUAAAGAAGUGCAGAAAAAAUAUAAAACAAGGGAAGCAGAAGAAAGGGAGAAGGAAGGAAUAGUUAAACAGGACUCUUUAUUAUUAAGUUCAAAUAAAGGCAAUCCCAAAUUAAAAGAUUUGUACAUUAGGCCAAAUAUAUAUUCAAAAAGAAUAUCUGGAACUCUAGAAGCUCAUACUAAUGGGUUUAGGUUUACUUCUGUGCGUGGAGAUAAAGUUGAUAUUCUCUACAACAAUAUUAAACAUGCAUUCUUCCAACCUUGUGAUGGAGAAAUGAUAAUACUGCUGCAUUUCACUUUGAAGAAUGCCCUUAUGUUUGGUAAGAAGCGCAACAAUGAUGUUCAGUUUUAUACAGAGGUUGGAGAAAUAACUACAGACUUGGGUAAACAUCAGCACAUGCAUGACCGUGAUGAUCUUGCUGCUGAGCAGGCUGAAAGAGAUUUGAGGCAAAAAUUGAAAACUGCUUUCAAAACAUUUUGUGAGAAAGUUGAAAAUAUGACCAAACAAGAAGUAGAGUUUGAUACUCCAUUCAAAGAGCUUGGUUUUCCUGGUGUACCAUAUAGAAGUACUGUACAGUUGCAACCUACUUCUGGAUGUCUUGUAAAUUUAACUGAUUGGCCUCCAUUUGUCAUUACUUUGGAAGAAAUCGAGUUGGUACAUUUUGAACGUGUACAGUUCCAUCUGAAAAAUUUUGACAUGGUUUUUGUCUUCAAGGAUUAUCAUAAAAAAGUUGCAAUGGUUAAUGCUAUUCCUAUGAACAUGCUGGAUCAUGUGAAAGAGUGGUUAAAUUCAUGUGACAUACGUUACACAGAAGGCAUACAGAGCUUAAAUUGGACUAAAAUUAUGAAGACCAUUACUGAUGAUCCUGAAGGUUUCUUUGAAAGCGGAGGGUGGUCAUUUUUGGAUCCUGACAGUGGAGAUGAAGGUGAUGAGGAUGAUGAAGACUCUGAAGACGAUGACCAGUACCAACCUAGUGGGUCAGAAGAUGAAGAAGAAAGCAGUGAAGAAGAUUUCAGCGGAUCUGAAGUUUCGGAAGAUGAUGAUGAAUCUGAAGCUUCAAUUGGAUCAAGUGAGGAAAGUGGCAAAGAUUGGUCUGAAUUAGAAGAAGAAGCUGCUAUAGCCGAUCGGGAAAGAGAUGAUUUUCAAGAUGAAUAUACUAAAAAGUCACAUUCGUCAUCAAGAGGGAAAUCUGUUCCUGAUAAACAUUCAAAAAGCUCUCACUCUUCGAAGAAAAGUUCACAUUCUUCUUCAAAAAGUCCUUCUCAUUCUUCUAAGAAAAGUCCUUCUAAACACAAACCAAAUGAUGGGAAGAGAAAAAGAGAUUCUAAUGAUAAAGGCAGUAAAGGACACAGUAACAAGAAGCCCAAGAAAUGAACUGGUAUAGAUGUUAAUUGUUGAUUCUGAAUCUUACAUCACAGAUUAAAUCCAACUUCUACCUCUGAGGAAUAUUCAUUUUUAAUGUAGCUAAGUGUUCCUGAAAGGUAGGGGGUGAACCACUUCGUGCAUUGGAACUUCAUAGCCUUUAUCUUCAAUGUUGGUGAAAACAGCAGAAAUUGUAUAUUAAUGUAUAUUUAAAGGGGAAAAAAAGAUCAUCGUCAUUGAACUGUUUUUAACAUUUUUUGAUGAAGUGAAAUUUCAAGACAAAAGCUAAGGGAACAUUUUACAUUGUGUACUGUCAUUUGUUGCAAACAUCUUAUUCCCUCCACUUGGAAUAUGUAUGGAAAUAAAUGCUUCACUCAAAAUAAAAAUUUUAAAGUAUU